AUGGCGUUUCAGGAAGAAGAAUUUGGCAGCUGUGUGCAGAAUAGAUUAGUGGGAGGAGAUACUGGAUCGAGAAGGCCUGGUGAAGAGGUCAUAAUAGAGUUCAGAUUGGACGGCUGCAUUGAUUGGUCGGUGGAUCUCAAGACAUACAUGGCUUUGGCAGGUGAACCUGUCCGAGUGAAAUGUGCUCUUUUCUACAGUUAUAUCCGCACCAACUACAGCAUGGCCCAGAGUACAGGGCUCAGGCUCAUGUGGUACAGAAACAAAGGUGACUUGGAAGAACCCAUCAUCUUUUCAGAGGUCAGGAUGAGUAAAGAGGAAGACGCCAUAUGGUUUCACUCAGCUGAGGCACAAGACAGUGGAUUCUACACUUGUGUUUUGAGAAACUCCACAUACUGCAUGAAGGUGUCAAUGUCCUUGACUGUUGCAGAGAAUGAAUCAGGACUGUGCUACAAUAGCAGGAUCCGCUACUUAGAGAAAUCUGAAGUUACCAAAAGAAAGGAGAUCUCCUGUCCAGACAUGGAUGACUUUAAGAAGUCUGAUCAGGAACCUGAUGUUGUGUGGUACAAGGAAUGCAAGCCAAAAAUGUGGAGAAGCAUAAUAAUACAGAAGGGAAAUGCUCUUCUCAUCCAAGAAGUUCAAGAAGAGGACGGAGGAAAUUAUACAUGCGAACUUAAAUAUGAAGGAAAACUUGUAAGACGAACAACAGAAUUGAAAGUUACAGCUUUACUCACAGACAAGCCUCCCAAGCCAUUGUUCCCCAUGGAAAAUCAGCCAAGUGUUAUAGAUGUCCAGCUGGGUAAGCCUCUGAACAUCCCUUGCAAAGCCUUCUUUGGAUUCAGUGGAGAAUCUGGACCAAUGAUCUACUGGAUGAAAGGCGAAAAGUUUAUUGAAGAACUCGCAGGUCACAUUAGAGAAGGUGAAAUAAGGCUCCUCAAAGAGCAUCUUGGAGAAAAAGAAGUUGAGUUGACACUUAUCUUUGACUCAGUGGUAGAAGCUGACUUGGCUAAUUAUACCUGCCACGUGGAGAACAGAAAUGGACGGAAACAUGCCAGUGUUCUACUGCGGAAAAAGGAUUUAAUCUACAAAAUUGAGCUUGCAGGGGGCCUGGGAGCAAUCUUUCUGCUACUUAUACUGCUACUGGUGGUCUACAAAUGCUACAACAUAGAACUGAUGCUUUUCUACCGACAGCGUUUUGGAGGUGAUGAAACUACUGAUGACAACAAGGAAUAUGAUGCAUAUCUCUCUUACACAAAAGUGGAUCAAGAUACUUUGGACUGUGACAAUACUGAGGAAGAGCAGUUUGCUCUUGAAAUACUGCCAGAUGUCUUAGAAAAACACUAUGGAUAUAAACUCUUCAUCCCAGAAAGGGAUCUGAUUCCAAGUGGAACAUAUAUUGAAGAUCUCACAAGAUGUGUUGAGCAAAGCAGAAGACUUAUUAUCGUGCUAACUCCAGACUAUAUUCUCAGACGAGGAUGGAGUAUUUUCGAACUGGAAAGCAGACUCCAUAACAUGCUAGUCAGUGGAGAAAUCAAAGUGAUUUUGAUUGAGUGUACAGAAUUAAAAGGGAAGGUGAAUUGCCAGGAAGUGGAAUCACUAAAGCACAACAUCAAAUUUCUGUCACUGAUCAAGUGGAAGGGGCCCAAAAGCAGCAAAUUAAAUUCUAAGUUUUGGAAGCACUUAGUGUAUGAAAUGCCCAUCAAGAAAAAAGAAAUGCUGUCCCACUGCCACGUUCUAGACUCUGCCGAACAGGGGCUUUUUGGAGAACUUCAGCCUAUUCCUUCAAUUGCCAUGACAAGUACCUCAGCCACAAUGGUGCCAACACAAGCUGAUCUCGCUGAGUUCCAUCAUUCAGAUUCGAUGCAAAUGAGGCAUUGUUGCAGAGGAUACAAACAUGAGAUGCCAACCAACACCCUGCCAGUACCCUCCUUAGGCAACCACCACACUUACUGUAACUUGCCACUGACACUACUCAAUGGACAGCUGCCCCUUAACGACUCCUUAAAAGAGACUGAGGAAUUUUCAAGGAACAACCCCCUACUGCCAUUAUCAUCCAAAGAGCUUAGCUUCACCAGUGAUAUUUGGUAG